CCGCGGCUCGACCCUCCCACUAGCAGCAGAGUGACACGCCAUUCAAUUGCUGCCUGGCCCUUCGCUCGUAUGAAGCUUUGAGCGUCCUCGUACCAGACGGAUAAUAAUAAUAAUAAUAAUAAUAAUAAUAAUAUCGCGACAGAAAUCGACCACAUCUGCGCCGCGUAAAGCAAAAGUUGUGCCGACAUGGGGAUCCGAAAAAAGACCAACAAGAAUCCGCCAGUGCUGAGCCAUGAGUUUGUCAUCCAGAACCAUGCAGACAUUGUUUCCUGUGUUGCUAUGGUGUUCCUCCUCGGGCUGAUGUUCGAGGUCACCUCAAAGUUUGCAGUGUUAUUCAUAACAGUCCAGUACAACGUCACCAUAUCAACAAACGGCCCAGAGGAGACGCCCGUGAACCACUUCCACCAUGGCAUCAAGGACUUGGCCACGACCUUCUUCUACAUGCUGGUGGCCAUCAUCAUGCAUGCCAUUAUCCAGGAGUAUGUGCUGGAUAAAAUCAACAGGAAGAAGCACUUCUCCAAAACCAAGCACAGCAAGUUCAAUGAGUCGGGCCAGCUCAGCGCCUUCUACUUAUUCUCCUUUGGCUGGGGCGCAAGCAUCCUGCUUUCUGAAAAACUCCUGUCCAAUCCAGUCAGCCUGUGGGAGGGUUAUCCGCACACACUGAUGGCAUUCCAGUUCAAAUUCUACUUCAUUUGUCAGCUGGGCUACUGGUUACAUGCUCUGCCAGAACUGUACUUCCAAAAGACAAAGAAGGAGGAUAUUCCACGCCAACUUGUGUACAUCUUCCUGUACCUGGUCCACAUUGCAGGCGCCUACAUUCUGAAUCUGAACCGUCUGGGUCUGGUCCUGCUGGUGUUGCACUACUUCGUCGAGCUUCUGUUCCACGUUUCCCGACUGAUCUACUUCAGCAACGAGAACAGACAAACGGGUUUCACCAUAUGGGCCGUGUUGUUUGUCCUUGGCCGGCUGCUCACCCUGUCCCUGUCCGUCCUCACCGUGGGCUUUGGCCUCGCCACAUCUGAGAAUCAAGGCUUUGAUUUGGCUGCGGGGAACUUUAACGUUAUUUUUGUUCGGAUAACUGUCCUGGCAGCCAUCUGCCUCACUCAGGCCUUCAUGAUGUGGAAAUUUAUCAACUUCCAGCUGCGCCGGUGGAGAGAGCAUGCCCAGGCCCAGACUUUGAAAAAGAAACUGGUUCCUUCCAAGAGCAAAUCAAAGAAAGACAAAGCCAAUGGAGUAAAUGGAGUGAGCUCCCACGCGGCCGAUUCACCAAGAGCAAGAAAAGAGAAGUCGACAUAAAUGCAUUCCUCUCUAUCGCGUCCUUCCCAAAGAAAUGAUCUCAACCCGUGCUUUCGUGGCUGCAUCCAACCAACAGUCCCUCCAGCGCCCCCCACCCCCCGCCCGCCCGCGAUAUGCAUUUUCAGACCCCACACAGGACUGACCUCCCAGCUGGACUUCAAGAGCCAGAAUGCAUUUAGCUUUGCUUGUCGACAGUCGUCCAGCACGCCUUGAUUUAAGAAUCAUUGCUCUGCUGUGCCACUUUGAAUAAAAAACAAAACAAAUUCCCAAACAAACUGGGAAAAAAAAAAAAAAAAAAAAAAGACCUUAUUUAAGAAGUGCCUAUUGAUACAGAUUGUUUUGUAUAGGGUGUGUAAAAAUAAUUCAGGAAUGAUGCCUUCAGUGUUUUAUGUCUCUCCCAAGUCAGGUCAUGUCGAUGCUUUUUCCAAAAUAGUGUGUAUUCCAGCUUGUGAUUUAUUUCCCUUUGUUUUUCUUGUAUUUAUAAGUGCUAGCAGCUCCUCUUCGCCUCUUUGGAAGGAUAUUUGUAAACAUUUUUUUGUAAGAAUUUCCUAAUAAUAUCUCUUAUUUUUCCAUCAGUGAAGGUUGCAUACAGUCCUGUUUAUAAUCUCUGGGUUCACACCACAGACUGUUCAAACUCACACAGCAGGACAUGUGUUUUCGCCGUGUCACUGGCCAACAGAUAUGAUGGAAAGCGAAGCAGAGGAUUUUACAAUAUCCACUCCUGGAUAGAAUAGUGAAGUGUGCAUAAAAGCAACCCAGGAAAACGGGAGACAUCACCCUGUACUACUACUAUACGUAGAUUCACAGUUUAGUGCAAAGCUGCCACUAAAGACGUAGUAACCUGAUGUAGCGUUUUAUAAUCUGAGUUUAAAGCAGCUUUUAGUCACAAAACUACAUAUCCCCUGCCAUGAAAUGAUGCUGACUUUAUUGCAGUUCUGCCUAUAGCACUGUCAUUAAUUGAACACACUUUGUGUUUUAGUUUUGAGUGAUAUGAGAUGAUGUUAUAAGAGAUGGAAAGGAAAAUCAGGCAAAAACAUCCCAUUAGUAAGUUAGUUUGUUUGAACCACUGUCUUGUAUGGUCCAUAAUUAUUUGCUGUUUAAGGGAAAUGGGUUUAUUGUAUUUGUUUGUCCCUGCACAUUGUUGCUUAAAAGGUAAAAAUGUCCACAAGAAUGAUUUGUUGUUAAAGCACGGACUGAGUGUGAGAAAAACAUAUUUUGUUGGCUCUUUUUUUUUUUUCCCAACCCACUAUAAACGUGCCAAAUGAGCCUGAUUGACUGUUGAUAUAUGUAUUUCACUUACAUGCCAUAAAAUGAAUUUACAAAAGUAUCGUGAGAAACAAUCGAUAGAUAACACUGGUUUAUUCUAAAGAAUUAAACCCCUUAACUGAUUUUAGGUACACAGUAAGUCAUGGUUGUCAACUUGUCUCCAGCAGUAUAUCAGAAGUGUAUUUGGUUUUUCUCAGCUUGUCCUGAUUGUUUUAUCUAUCUUACAAAGGAAUAAAAUGUUUAUUGAAAGAAA